AUGCCGUUCUUCCACGCAGUACCAUACCCCACGCCCUCCGAUCCUGGUGUUGCCUACCCGAGGCGUUCCAGGACAACGGAGUACGUCAAGCUCGUCUACAAAGCCACUCGAGCUGGGAAACUCAGCUUGGACGGGUACCGCUAUGCCCUUUACCUCUUUGGCGGCGAAAACCACGUGCAUGUCCGCACCUCCGCGACCGACCUCAAGUUCGCAGCAUGGCUCAACAGAAACGACUCAUGGUGUCAAGCAUUUCGCGACACCAUGACGGAUGAAGAAUACGACGAGUACCAGACCAGAGAAGUUGAAUGGAACGUCUAUGUGCCCAACCACGAGCUGCCCGCGCCGGGCUUCGGAAAACGAAUCACUACCCAAGAGGCCAGUCGCCUUCUCGCUAAAUACCCACUGCCUCGAUGGCUCGUCCGCGAAAGCCCUGUGUACAGAAACAUAAAGCUCUGUGAGCACACAUGGACGGGGAGAGAGCAAUUCCAUGCAGAUGGAACCAUUACGUGGAACCAUGACAGUUCAGAGAACGGUAGCGCUGAGAUUACUGAUGAUAACGAUGGACAGCAAUCCGACGCGAGUGCCGUCCAAGAACAAGAAGACGACCCACACAUGAGCUCUCCAUUCACCGAAGGACCUCAGACCCCACCGACCCGUCCCCCUCGAACCCCGGCCCGAGCAGCUGCGAUGUCUUCCCGCAACCGCAGUCGCGAUCAGACCGGACGGUUCUCCGCUGGCAGCCCAGCGGCGGCCCAGACGUCCAGCCCCGCUACCAGGCAGGGCAAGAUCAACGUCACCGAGGAUGAGCUCAAGACUCUCCAGGACGCUCACGUGCUGGCCGAGAUGGCGAAGACUGCGACCACUAGCAUGGACGCCGAUACCGUCGGUGAUUUCAAGACCCUUGCCACUGCCACCUCAGCGAGCUUGGGAAAGAUCAUCAAGAAAGCCGUCGUCCCCAAUACCUUGUCCCAAGUGGACCGUAUCACUCCGCUGCGCCAACGUCUUGGGUACGCCUCCGCGGAGUCUGCGCUGGGCGAGCGGUCCAAUCCGGUCAACGUCGCGGAUGACGAGGGCACCCAUGUCAAUCGUGUGCUGUUUCCGGACGCCAAAAAGCGCAAGUUUGACGGGAGCCCCGAUGCGCGUUCCAGGAUCAUGGCAACCCCGGGCGCAAAUGUUGGCACGACGGACCAGGUGGCCUACUGGCGCCGUCUGGCGCAGCAGCUGGGAAACCUUCACGAGAACAAGAUGAUUUUCAAGCCAGUCGCAUUUGAGGUGAAUGCUGAGGAUUUGAAGAUCACCGGCAAGACGUUCACCUUUGGCAUUGAAGGAGUCGACACCGACAUGUUCAUGUUCAUGCAGGCUAAAACCUACGCCGUCGUCCUGCCCAAGGGCCUGGUUCAAGGCUUUGUCAGCUUCAACCACACGACGGCGUUCGCCCGGAAGGAUGAGCUCUCCCAUGCCAUGCCCCUUCCGUUCAUGAUGCGCUACAUCCUUGGCUGCAAAGUGAACGGCCCAUUUGACGCCAUCAAGGUCAUGGAGAAACCAGAUCGCCCCAACGCAUUUGACAAGGCGGCCACUAUCAACAAGUGGUCGGUGGGUCCAGGGUCCACCUUGACCAUUGCAGCCAUCCGGGAGGCUCAGGUCUCAUUCACCGCAUGCCUGGAGUAUGUGGAGAAGCACGGCUUCACCAAAGCGGCCAGCCUGACUGCAGAGGAGCGUGAAGCGCUAAAUGAUGAGGUCCAGGAGGACGAGAUUGCGCUCCGGUUCGGCCCAGUGGUGAACCAGGCAGAGUCUCGCAGGGAUGAGCGGGACGAACUUCCGGCAGACUCCAUGGUCUACAUAAUCAACAUCUCCAACCAGCAAGUCAAGAAUUCGGGCGUCGGCAUCACGUGUGUCUUCGUUAUUACCUUGAACAUGCUGCUGAAUGUCGUGUUGUGGGCUAUCUCGUACCGCGAUGUCCAUGGAGUUCACUCCAAGGAUGAUGUGGAAGAUAUCAUCAAUAUUGCGCUGGAGGUCGUCAACCAGUGUUCUGAAGGGUGGCCUGAGACCAGGAAUACAACGCAGUAA